AUGCAAUGCAACAAAGUUACGACUACUGAGCAUGGCAUUAGGGUUAUCCUGAAUAAGGUGCUGCUUGUUGGAACAAAAACCAGCACAUACAUAGGAAAACCAGUGGUGUCUAAUGCAGUGGUACAUGCUGUGGUUGAAGAACAGGGAUUGAAUAAGAAGGUCAUUGUCUUCAAGUAUAAGAAGAAAAAGAACUACCGCAGGAACAUUGGUCACCGACAGCCAAAUACGCGGAUAAGGAUAAUAGGCAUCACGGGUUAUCAGGACUCACCAGCAGUCACUCUGUCAUAG